UUGCAAGCAUAUCUGAAUGUGUGCCUGAAAGAAACGAUGGACGAAAUCCUCCAACCAGACGGGGACAAAUACAAUAAGAGACAAUCACCAAGUGAUGCGUAUCCCGCUCCAAGUUUAAGGAAUGGAGGAGUACAAGGAGCGAGGAAAAGUACGAGAUUGCUACUAUAG